UCGCUGGCUGCAGAAUUGCCAUGUGUGCACCCCUAAACAUUUCAGAUCCUUUUUUUUAGUGGAUGUGGAUGUGGAUGCAGCCGGGAAGGUGUCGUUAGAAGCGCUCUGGGAUUUUAAUCGCAGUUUCGUGGACGCCGAAUUUAGCCUUAUCUCCUCCCGAGAGGGGUCCAAAGGUCUGGACGCGCAGUCAUUUUAGAAGCGCUCCGGUUCCACUUGUGUCUCUCGCAUCGAGGGAAGUAGUCGGCGCGGAGUGUCUGUGCACCACGGCGGCUUUAAAAGUUACGCUGCUUGUUUGUUCAUAGGAAGGAAGGAGGAAAGAAAACAGUGCAGCAUGUCAGGCGCGCGGAUGCAGCUGCUCUCGCCCAGAAACAUUCGCCUUUUAAGGGGGCGACACGAAUCGCUAGCCGGUAGCAGUAACGGGGCUCCGCGGCUCCGCGGCGGCGGCGGCGGUGGCGGCGGUGGCCCCGGGGUCCGCUCACUGACCUCUCCCCUCCCGUCCCCCUGUUCUCCCGGCAGAGCCCUAUCGAGUCUGAGCACGACGCGGCGUGGACUUCCCAAAGAGAAAAUGACCGAGAACGGAGUGAUGUCGCGGGCCAAGGUGCUGACCAUCGACACCAUGAACCCCACGGUGAAGAAGGUGGAGUACGCCGUGAGGGGGCCCAUCGUGCAGCGGGCCGUGGAGCUGGAGAGGGAGCUCUCAGAGGGAAUGAAGAAGCCCUUUGUCGAGGUCAUCAAGGCCAACAUUGGUGACGCCCACGCUAUGGGCCAGCAGCCAAUAACUUUCUUUCGACAGGUUCUGGCCCUGUGCUCGUACCCUGAGCUCCUGAGUGACAACUCAUUCCCAGAGGAUGCUAAAAGUAGAGCCUGCCGCAUUCUGCAGUCCUGUGGAGGGAACAGUCUGGGUGCCUACAGCGCCAGUCAGGGCAUCGAAUCCGUGCGGCAGGACGUGGCCCGGUACAUCGAGCGGCGAGACGGCGGCGUGCCCUGCCACCCAGAUGACAUUUACCUCACCACGGGGGCCAGCGACGGCAUUGUGACCAUGCUGAAGCUGCUGGUGUGCGGCGAAGGCGCCGCGCGCACAGGCGUCAUGAUCUCCAUCCCUCAGUAUCCCCUGUAUUCCGCCGCACUGGCCGAACUGGGCGCCGUGCAGAUCAACUAUUACCUUAACGAGGAGAAGUGUUGGAGUCUUGACAUCACCGAGCUGCAGCGCGCUCUGGACGAGGCCAGGCGCUACUGCAACCCUCGCGCCCUGUGCAUCAUCAACCCCGGAAACCCCACCGGUCAGGUCCAGAGCAGAGAGUGCAUCGAGGAUGUGAUCCGGUUCGCCGCAAAGGAGCGUCUCUUCCUCAUGGCCGAUGAGGUGUACCAGGAUAACGUGUAUGCUGACGGCUGCCAGUUCCACUCUUUUAAGAAGGUCCUGUUUGAGAUGGGGCCCGAGUACUCGGAGACAGUGGAACUGGCAUCUUUCCACUCCACCUCCAAAUGUUACAUGGGAGAGUGUGGCUUCCGUGGAGGCUACAUGGAGAUUAUCAACAUGGACGACGAGGUGAAGGCCCAGCUGACCAAGCUGUUGUCGGUCCGUCUGUGCCCUCCUGUUCCUGGACAGGCUUUAAUGGACCUGGUGGUCAACCCCCCACAGCACGGGGAACCCUCAUAUGAGAACUUUAUCAAGGAACGUACAGCCACAUUAAGUGCCUUAGCAGAGAAGGCCAAACUUACAGAGCAGGUCCUCAAUACUGUCCAAGGCAUCAGCUGCAAUCCUGUGCAGGGUGCCAUGUACUCCUUUCCUCGCAUUACCAUCCCCGAGAAGGCCGUCAAAGAGGCCACGGAAAAGGGACAGCAGCCAGACAUGUUUUACUGCAUGAAGAUGCUGGAGGAGACGGGGAUCUGCCUUGUUCCUGGAAGCGGUUUUGGCCAGAAGGAUGGGACCUACCACUUCAGAAUGACCAUCUUGCCACCAACAGAUAAGCUGAAAAUCCUGCUGAACAAAGUCAAGGAGUUCCACCAGAAAUUCACCCAGCAGUACUCUUAAGUUUCCACGUCUGUUUUCCCUCCGUUGACAAAAAAGGGAGGAGCUCAGCCAACCACAACUACUACGCAUUAGCCAAUGAGAAUUCAUUUGUCACUUAUAAGUGCCUUCUCUACUGUGGCUCUGGUGGUCUCUGUGACGAUGCACUUCGGCCUCUACAUUCGGACAUUCACAGACGUUACUCACAAGCAAACAAAAACUGGGAGGAAUUCGGCUGGAGACCUGCGUCUAGUGCGGGGGGAAAAAAAAUAUGGCUUUAUCCACUGUCUGUGUUUCUUUUUUUUGGAGGAUGUACAUACUGGUGGCCUGUGAACUUGCAAGCCUACGAGAUAUCUUAAAUGUUAAUGCCAAUAUGAAAAAAAGGAGGAACCACUGAAGAAAAGGUUGAAGUUGCUUAUAAACUGGAAGUACGUGGAAGUACGUGUAGUACAUGCAGUACUUGCAGGACGGAAUAUGCCCCAAAAAGUCCCAUUUGCAUGAUGAUUCAGUAGGAGAUUAUUUUGUAGAGUAAAAAUAAAUGUAAGAAUCUGUUUCA